UGUUAUUGCAAAAUAAUAUUUUUUCGCCAACUAUGACCGUAGUGCAAAACUAAACAUAAAUUAAACAUAAAAUCAAAUAAAAAUUAAAGUGAAAAAGCUUAACACAGACAGUUAAACAAAUAUCGUACACAUAAAGUGGCAUGCUUAUAAGCAAAGUAUGACCGAUAAUCAGGCGGGGCCAGUGGCGAAGGAAUCGACAACCAACUGCGAAUGCCCACAGCAGGUGCCAUCGACAACAUCCACUGGUGCUGCUGUGCCACCCAGUUGCCCGACCAAUGUUGUGACCAUACCCGUGCCCAUUCUGCAAUCGGAGGGCAACUUCGCUUACGUCACCGUCAAGGGUUCACUGCAUGAUUACACCUGUACCGUGUUUGGCUUGAAUCAGGCUGAGGUGCAAGCCCUGUCGAAUCGUCUGUCCGUUAAGCCUUGUGUUAAUGGCGUCCUAGUCGCUGUACCGCCCAUGGUUAUGUUGAAUACUUUAGCCCAACUAAGCUAUAAGGUAGUUUGUAGCUGCGGCGAAGCGGAAAUCUGUUGGACAAUGCAGCGCGAGGUCUAACGAAGUUGGAAAGUUUGAUUCGAAGCACAUUAAGAAAACCUCAGUCAAAAUACCGA